AUGUCACGCAAUACAAAGGAAUUUAACCAACUAGCAGACAAGUUCUCCCAGACGUACGAUCAGCAGCGCCGCGACCUUGAACAAUGCCUCCAGUCACGUGUUAACGAUGAUAUCAACUUUGUAUGCCAAAGGCAGAAGGGCGCCUACUUGUUGGGCAUCGCGGAGGUGUUCUGUUCAAAAGAGUACAACACUGGUGUGAAAUGUCAAGAAAAGGCCGGGGAGCGGUGGGCAACGGACUGCUUUCAGGAGAACGUAGCCUUCGGUCAGUGCACCGACGGUGCCCUCAAGAAAUUAUACAUUUACAAUAUCGAGAGGAGUAAGAAGAAUCCCGAAGCGAACUGA